AUCUGAUAAACUUGUACAAUUAUAGUUCUUGGUAUUUUUUAUUAUCUUGUUGAAAAUGUCUUUACUAUCAACUAAAGCAUUUUCUAUUCUUAAAAAUGCAGUGACUUCUCCCUACAUUCGAGCAUUAUCAGUGACUAGUAAAUUAAAUAUAAAAGAACUACGUGAAUACAAAGAGGGAAAUAAAUUAAUUAUUGAAGGUGUAAGCUUGCCGUCACCGAGAUCAGAACUGUUAGUUAGAGCAGAGAAGAUUCCAGAUUUAGUACCGACCAAAGACAGUGAAAAAUCCUUAUGUUACAUGUGUAAAUUAGAUCUGGAUGUUAAACACACAGAUGUUCUGAUACUUAGCCAGUUCGUUCGCAGUGAUGGAUGUAUGUUACCGCGUCGAAUUACUGGGUUGUGUCGUAUGCAGCAGAAAAAAGUUGGCAAAAUGGUUACAAUGGCUCAAAAAGCAGGUCUUAUGAUUAACCUUACACCAUCUUAUUGCAAAAAAGACCCGAGAAAGAGGUAUGGUUAUAAAAAAUUUAAUACUUACUAUGACGAGAAGACCAUUUUUUGGAAGAGAAUUCCAAACCAAAAUGACAGGUUUAAGCGUUAAGGAUAGAAAUUAUUGUAUGUAAUAACUAUUUAGUUAAUUAGGAUAUAAAUUAUACAGAAGAUAUAAAAAUGUAUGUAAUGUGUCAUUUACAGCCUAAAAGAAAGUGUUUGAAAAAAAAUUUCUUUAGA